GAGCGCAUUCCCCUUUUAUCCUCGAGCUCGCUCUCGUGCUCGCCUUCGCUUCGUCUCUUUUGCUCGACGAAUGCGUCGCUGAUCGUCCUCUCCUCACUCUGCUCCCUCGCCCGGAAGCAGAUCGCAGCCUUCUCUCUCGAGUAGAGGUUAGAGGGCAUCAUGAAAGUUAUCGACAAAAUUAAGGAGGGCGAGGCCAAUGGCCGAGUUGUGUAUUCAUUCGAGUUCUUUCCUCCCAAGACAGAGGAGGGAGUCGAGAAUUUGUUCGAAAGAAUGGACAGAAUGGUGGCUCACAAUCCCUCAUUUUGCGACAUUACCUGGGGUGCCGGAGGUUCUACAUCUGAGCUCACGUUGGAUAUCGCCAACAAGAUGCAAAACAUGAUUUGUGUGGAUACAAUGAUGCAUCUGACUUGCACCAACAUGCCCGUGGAGAAGCUAAACAGCGCCCUGGACACUGUUAAGGCUAACGGAAUCCAAAAUAUUUUGGCCCUCCGUGGCGACCCACCUCACGGACAAGACACAUUCGUACAAGUUGAAGGAGGGUUUUCCUGCGCUCUUGAUUUGGUGAAACACAUCAAAGAGAAGUACGGAGACUACUUUGGGAUCACCGUUGCUGGUUAUCCAGAGGCACAUCCGGAAGUGAUACUGGAGGAAUCAGGUGCCACAGAGGAAGCGUACCGUAAGGAUUUGGAAUACUUGAAGAAGAAGAUUGACGCUGGUGGAGAGUUGAUUGUCUCCCAGCUCUUCUACGAUGUAGACAUCUUCUUGAAAUUUUUGGACGACUGCCGUCAGAUCGGUAUCUCCUGCCCAGUUGUGCCAGGUAUCAUGCCCAUCGUCAGCUACAAUGGUUUCAAGCGCAUGACAGGUUUCUGUAAAACAAAGAUCCCCGCUGAGCUGACGGCUGCUUUGGAGCCAAUUAAGGACAACGAAGAAGCUGUGAGGGCCUUUGGAGUUCAUUACGCAACAGAAAUGUGCAAAAAGAUACUGGCACAUGGCGUCACGGCUUUGCACAUGUACACUAUGAACAUGGAGACUUCCGCACUCAGAAUCCUUCAGAAUCUUGGGCUCAUCGACAUCACUCGAGUCAAUAGGUCCUUACCCUGGAGGCCACCCACGAACCAGAAGAGGAAUGGCGAGGAAGUGCGUCCUAUCUUCUGGGCUAACAGACCGAAGAGUUACAUCACAAGAACAACUGAAUGGAACGAAUAUCCACAAGGUCGAUGGGGAGACAGCCGUAGCCCUGCUUAUGGAACGCUGAACGAUUACCAGUUCCUGAGAAGACGUACCCGCAACAAGAAAUUGGCUAAGGAAUGGGCAACUCCUUUGACUUCAGUUGCCGAUGUCCAUGAGAAAUUUGUGAAGUACUGCAAGGGAGAGAUCAACACCAUCCCAUGGUCAGAAGUCGACGGUCUCCAACCAGAGACGAAGACGAUCAAUGAAGAUUUGGUCGAUGUCAACAACCAGGGCUUCCUGACCAUCAACAGCCAGCCCGCAGUGAACGGAGAAAAGUCCGAUUCACCCUCCGUCGGCUGGGGAGGUCCUGGUGGCUAUGUCUACCAAAAGGCAUACGUCGAGUUUUUCUGUUCAGCGGAGAAGCUACAGGCUCUUGUCGAGGGAAUCAAAGGCACACCUCUUACCUUCAUUGCGGUGAACGCCAAGGGGGAGACAAAGUCGAACAUUGGGCCUGGGGACGUCAACGCGGUUACUUGGGGAGUUUUUCCAGCGAAAGAGGUCAUCCAACCCACUGUGGUAGAUCCAGUGAGCUUUAUGGUCUGGAAGGAUGAAGCAUUCCAGGCCUGGACCGAUGAGUGGGCAAGCCUUUACCCUGAGAAUGAUUCCUCGAGAAAGAUCCUUUCCGAGAUCGCCUCGUCAUACUACUUGGUCAGUGUUGUAGACAAUGACUACAUCAACAGCUCUUUGUUCAAAGUGCUUAGGGCCUGAAGCGAAGUUGAAGUUCUAAAUUGAAGUUCGCCGUAGAGGAGGGCCGAGACGCAAGCUGUAUGUCAGAUGUACUGUUUUCUAGAUAGAACAUCUCAAUUUUCUGAGGCAACGCGGAGUCUGUUAAACUUAUACAGGGAAUAUUACGCAAUUGUUUCCGGUAUAUCGAAUUCGUCCACUGUAGACUAAGGUGCCGCCUACAUAGGGGCAAGGGUGAUCAUCUGAAAGCACAGCUCUUUUUUUCGCCGGCUUGCUUCCGAGAUCAAACCAGGCCACCUCAAUCGCUUGGGGUGCUUUAUCAUACCUGUUCGUCCAUUGUAUUCUUUUGGCCUAGAAUUUGCCAAUCCCGCCACUCAUGUAGCUCCUUCAAGGAAGAGGGAGAUUAUUUAUUCUGUCUCUAGGGCUCAACCCUGUACGCAAGUUAUUUGUAGCUCCAAUAAAUGUAUACCAUUUCUGAG